GCUGGCACUGGAGCUCCGCGCUCCCUCCCUCGUCACACACACACACACACACACACACACACACACACACACCGCGAUGCUCGCGGCUCCCUGCCUAGUUUAAUCCAGGCUGAGUCCUACACGCCGCUCUUUCUGCUCGGCUCUUUACUCCCAGGCGCGUGGCUGGCGCUCCUGGGCGGCGCACUGGGCGGGUCCACCUGCGCGGGCCGGAGCGGCCUCUCUUGCGCAGAACUCGAUUGUCCAGACUUCAAGAAAGCCUCCCAGUGCUGUCUUGCUCAUUUCUUCUGCUUUCUGAAGAAUAGGGUCCAGCUCUAAACAAAACGUCUUCUCCCAAAGAUGGUGAAAAGCAGAUUUAUGGAACAAUCCACAAACUUCCAUGGUCUGUCUAGGGACUUGGAGUUUAAAAUGGUUGCUUCCUUUGAGGGGAGGAGAAUGAACAGCCGUGAAAUGGAGAGCUGUCAGAACAGAAAAUCUGUGUUAUUUGAGAAGGCAAAUUGUCUACAGGAGAAAGCAGCCUACAGCAAGCUCAAGGAUGGAAGAACUGCGGAGCACAUAUUAAGGGAACCCUGCUGGACAUUUGGUACUAGGACACAUUUAUUAGUAAAGGAUGUGCUGCGACAGAAGGAGAGUGCAUUCACUGAAGUGAGAAGGUCUGUAGAGAAAGUCAAAGAGGCAGAACAAGGCAAUAGGAAGGCUGGUUUGGACAAAGCUGCAGUCCAGUGUUCCCCUGGUAGCGCAUACUCCUUUGUGUGGCCCAACAGCAUUGCUGGGGAACCCAAAAGUGCUUUCAGCAAACCAGCCAAGUGCUGGGAAGACGGAGGGGCUCUGGCUGCUUUUCAACCUCUAAAAAGUAUCAAGGAAGGAAGCCCAAGGAAAUUGUCAGAAUGCAUCGCUGCCACUGACCUCAUGCCGCACAGUGGCUGCCUCGCUUCCAGGUUCCUGGUAAACGAUUCAGAUGGUUUCCAGCUGCUGUCGACCAACCUCAUUAAGAGCAACCCAUUCGCUUUCUCUUCAGCUCCGUGGCCAAAGGAAGCAGAUGAGCAGAUGCAGGCCAACCCUGCUUCCGGCUGCAGCCUCUCCUCCUCUGCCUCCUGGGCUCUGCUGCCUCCCAGUUUCGCCCCUCUCAGUGUGGCAGCCCAGAACUGGUGUGCAAAGUGCAGCCUCUCCUUCCACAUGACCUCAGACCUUGUGCUGCACAUGCGUUCCCAUCACAAAAAGGUCGAGGUCUCGACAGACUCCCAAAGGAAAAGGAGGCGGGAGGAAAAGCUGUCCUGUCCUGUUUGCCAGGAAUAUUUUCGAGAAAGACAUCAUUUAUCUCGGCACAUGACUUCACACAACUAGCCUGCAGAUUGUGUGCAGACAUUGAUUGAAUUCCAUUGUGAUUUUACUGCAUUUAACCAGAAUCUUUGAAAGGCAGCCUUUUAUAUAGAAGCGUUAAGAAGAAAUGUAAUUACAUCAGCUACAGAUAGCUCAAGUUCUGAAAAUGAAACUCUGGAAAUACACUUAUAAGGAAAUAAACAGUGACAUGUAAAGAGAAAAGUUUUGCUUUCUACAGUUCCAUUUUUUUCACCUUAAACUAUGAAAAUGUUGAUAACAUUUUUUUUUCUUUAGUAAUUUGAAGCAGCAACUUUUUCCAUGUCAGAGCCAUUAUGGAAUGAAAUUCUUCCCUAGCCUAGGAUUGAAGUAAAGGAUAAAAUUUAUUUUAAGUUAAAGUUGAUUCCUGGUGACCAUCAAAGCAAAUCAAUGUAAUUUUUCCGAUGUGAUAAAACGGCCUUCUUCAGUUGUGCAACACAGUGCUGCACCAGGCAGUGACAGGUGUCUCUGUCUCUCUCUGUGUGUAUCUCAACAAGGACUGAAUAGGUGAGGAUGGAAGUGCCAGCUUCCCAGUUCACACCCACAACUUGUCUGUAAGCUUUCAAAUGAAGGCACAGUGAUUAGAGUAAGAGAAGCAGGAAGCAUCCAUUUAGGGCAUCAAAUCCAGUGCAGGAGUCCAAAUUAAACCACUCCUAACAGGUAUCUAAUUUUUCAGCCACAUCAUAUUGUGGAUUAUGGAUAGCACUGGUAGCAUAAAAGUUCAAGGUUACCUCUGAAUUGGUGAUAGCUUGCCUCCAUGUACCAAUUUCAGGGAGCAAUUUUACCUCCUCAAGUUAUAUUUAAGAGCCGGUUUGGGUAUCAAUAUUCUUAAUAUAAACAUGGACAUAAUGCCUUUGGUCCAUAUAUUUUUCUGCAGUCAAGAUCAUAAAGAAAUUUGUUCUAUCAGAAGUCUGAAACAAAGCUGUACAACUAUUGGUAAAAGGUAUUCAAUGGUCAAAUGCUAAUGCAAAGUGCUUUUAUUUGCAUUUUACCUUACUUUUUUCUGCUUUGUUUAUACUUCCAAAAUGUAACAUAUGUUCAAAGCCUCUUGAAGUGACAUCAAUUUUAUUUGCUACAAAAAUGGGUAUAUUGCUCUCUAUAUAAAUAUAUAUUGUACUAUAUAAAAAUAUAUAUUGCACUAGCCAAUUUGGUUAGUAGUUAAGCAUCAGGCUAGAAAGCAGAGUUUGUGCUGACAGUUAUAUACAAAUAAUAAACAUGUUACUAAAAUGUAUAAACUUUUGUUGAAAUUUGAGACAAAGGAACAAAUGUAUAAUAAAAUGGGCUAAAAAUGUUGGUUAUACAAAUGGAUCGAUGGGAAAAUGGACACAUAGGCUAAUUCAGAAGAUUUUAAAAGCUAAAGUACAGUUGAACCCAGAGGCUUUUAUUUUGGAACUAAUGGAUACACAGCUAGAAAAAAAGACACAGAAUGACUACUGCAGCGAGAUUAUUAUAUGCUCAAAAAUGAACAGUUUCAACACUACCCAUUAAAGAAGGAAUGGUUGGUGAAGAUGAUUGGACUUUCAUAGAUGGCUAAAUUGACUUCCUUGAUCAGAGAAAAGACCACAUCUGCAUUUAUGGCUGAUUGGAUAUCCCCGAUGGAGGUUUUGCAUGACACAGAAAAAUGCACUUAUGAUUUGUGGUUUUGAUGAUUAGAAAAAAAAAUAAUAGAAAAAAGUUAGCUUUUCUUUUUACAACUAGAGAUAAUUGUGUAACUGUAUUUGUAUUUGCUGCAAAGAGAAUCAGAAGCUGCCUCUUUC